AUGGAACUAGCCACCGACAUCCCCGGCGAACAUGCCACAAACUCCACGGCCAGUUCUCCAAACAGCAUCAUCGACCGCAAGCGCGAGCUCAAAGCCAUCCCCGGCAGCUUCUCUUACAACCUCGGCCAUCGUGGCUCCGGCCUGCCCCCUCGGCUGGACACAUCUCUCGACCACAGCCCGAGUCGCAGCGUCAAGUCUAUCGUCGCCUGGAUCGAGUCGUCCGCCGCCAGCAAGCGCUCCUCGCGGCUGUCCACCAGCGACGACGGCGCCACCCUACGCUCCAACGCCUCGUCCUACAAGUUACUCGGAAGUCUCGAGGCAUCUCCGUCGCGGCAGCUAGACCCUGGAACCAUCAGCGCCGGCGUUGACUGCGACUGUCCGACAUUCCUGGACUAUCAACAGUACUUUUCGCAGGGGAGCUUGGCACGAUGCCUGGAUGAGCAGUACGUGACGGCAGUGAGCCCAACGAAGGAUGCAGAUGCAGAUGUAACAAUGCUCGGCAAAAAACGACUGCAAAAUAGGAAAUGCGAGAUUCUUGCUGAAAAUGAAGAAGGUACCGUUGGUGAGGCGAGGUCACAUGCUGAAGUCGCAGCGCUUUAG